AUGCUGCCAGCGGCGGCGGAAGAUGAGGAAUCCAGAGGGGGGACCAUCGCCGCCACCGCCAGCAGCACGCAAGGAGACGCCUCGAUGCGUCGCCUUGACUCCAACGAUGGCACGAUCCCGUUCUGCAAUCGGACCAGCACCACAGGUCGCUCGAACAGGAACGUCGGCGAGCACAACGUCCUCACUUUCCUUCAGGACGUCAUAUGCAACCCAGAUCUGGAGGACCCCGAGGUGCGCAAGAGGGUGGGUAUGCCGGCCCGGCGAAAGAGAAGCUCAGAGCUGGCGAAGCGGAGCACCGAGCUGAUGUGCCUGCGCUCGGUUGUGGGCCAGGUUGUGUUCUCGUGGCCCGUCCAGGCUGUUGUGUUCAUGGUGGUCAUGUUCGACUUGGUUCUCACCGGGAUCUCCCUCGGCGACGCGAUCGACAGCGCCCAUCCGAUCAACGACAUCGGCGACUACGUCAUCGUCAGCAUCCUGGCCGCCGACGUGUGCUUACGGUGGUUCGCGAAGGGCUCUGAGUUCGUGUUUCCCGCGCGCGAAUGCAAGCUGAACCUAUUUGAGAUCAUAUUGGUGCCGAUCACGAUCUUGGAGGUCGCCUGGCUUAAAGACCUUGCAGAGGACGUGCCGCUGCCGAUCCUGCGAGCACUCCGCCCCAUCCUCCGCGGCGUGCGCUUGCUCCGCGUGCUGUUCCGCACCGCCGGCAAGGGCCAGCAGUACCUGACGAGGCUGCGCCACCAGGUGUCGGGCAACAGACGGCGCUUUGUCGAGGACGGGUUCGACCUGGACCUGCAGUAUAUUUCUCCGCAGAUCAUUGUGAUGUCCAAUCCAGCAGUGGGCCGCGACGCGAUCCUUCACAACCCGCUGCCGGCCGUGUCGCGUUUCUUGAACGAGAGGCACGGGAACAGUUACUUAGUGCUCAACGUUACGCAAGAGCGCAGAUAUCCUCUUGGGCCUUUCUUCGGACGUUACUACCAGUUCCCGAUAGCGCAGGAUGGCGUGCCUACCUUGGACGGGCUCUUGACCAUGGUCAGACAUGUUGACCUGUGGCUGAAAGAAGACCCGCGCAACGUGGUGGCCGUUCAUUCGAAGCAUAACCAGGGACGUUCUGCCGUCUUUGUUGUCGCCCUGCUGCUGCACCGGAAGCUGCACAGGAGUGCCUCGACCGCCCUGCAGUCCUUCGAGAACCUGCGGAGGGAGCGGGAGUCCGGCGAGGGCGAGCCGACCCAGACCCUGGACAGCGCGUCCCAGAUGCGGUUCCUGGAGUACUUCGCCCACGCGUGCAGCCGGCGCAGCGGGCUCCCGCGGCGCAGCGCCAAGAUCACCAGGAUACAGUUGACAGGUCUGUCCAAUGCCCACCUCGUGGACCUCAGCUGCUUCAAGCACCCGGGGGAGCCACAGAAGAGCAUAGCGGGGGUCGAUUCUGGGGAGCUGCACAAGAUGAUGGCCAGGGCCGACGGGGCCGGCGGCAGCUCUUCGGAAGACCGCUCCCCUUUGCAGAUGCGGGUCGUGCACGCGAUCGAGGAGGGCGCCAUGGACUCGAGGCGGUCUGGCUCGGCCCCCCUGCCAGGGGACCCCAUCUUCUCCUCGAAGCAGGAGCUCCUCGACCCGAGGAAGGUCGUCGUCAGGACGAUGAAGAACUCGGAGACGCAAGAGGCCGUGUGUCGUAUCUGGGAGAUCAAGGACGUGGACCUGUCUGGCGACAUCCGGCUGGAGCUGCACCUCGGGGGGGCCGAGACCGAGCUGGACCCCGGCGCCGUGGAGCACGCCGCGCCCACGGCGUGCGGCUGGUGCUGCCGCCGCCGCGUGAAGCCGCCGUUCAAGAGGAAGUUCUCCGGCAUGUUGUUCGGCUGCUGGCUGCACACGUCCCUCCUCGAGCACGACGAGGUCAGGGACCGGCGGGCGGGGCGGAAGCCCGGCCGCCGGCUCGAGAUCUCCCUCGAGCGCUUCUCGCUGGACAAGGCGGCCGGCGCGCCCUCCCUGCGGUCGCUCUCCACGUUCCUGCGGCUGGACCUCGAGUUCGACGUGGAGCACCGCGUCCAGCUGCAGGACCUCGACGCCGAGCUCCCCGAGCUGAGCCUGGUGACGUCCAACCUCGGGAUGAGUGAGGCGGAGUCCCUCAAGUGGCUGACGUGGGUAAUGGAGAGGAUCUGGCCAAAGUUCAAGCUAGGGUUCGAGAAGAUGCUCAAAGACGGCGUCGCCAGCGCAAGGCCUUCCCUGCCCGUGGCGCUGCAGAGCCUCAGCGUGGUCAGGUGUUCUUUCGGCGACGGCUUCCCGCAGCUCGGCCCCAUCCACGCGAGCUCCCGGAACCACGUGAGCUCCGAGGACAGGGAUGGCCUGGAGGUUCAGCUCGACAUCGGCCUGACAUAUUCCACGGACGCGGACAUCAUUAUGCAGAUGGGCCUGCUGCAGUUCGGCAUCUGCAACAUCAGCUUCACAGGGACACUGAAUAUAAGAUUUUCGCCGCUGCUUGACGAGAUACCAGUUUUCUCCGCGAUGCAGAUGUUCUUCCUGAACUCGCCGGAGAUCGAGAUACGCUUCAAACAUGCGCUGGAGGUCGCAAAUACCUCAUUCGUCAGGCAGUACAUCCAGACGGCGAUCAAGCAAGCGAUCGACAACAGGCUCACGGUGCCACACCUCCUGAACAUCAAUUGGGCGGACCCCCUUAACGACGAGACCGUGACGUGGCCAACGGUCAUGCCCUCCUUCGUGGCGCGCCUGACCGUGCACGCCGCGACGGGCCUCCGCUCCUCGAGCACGGUGCUGACCCGCGACCCGGAAGCCGUGGCCAGGCUCUCCGUUGGGAGUCGGACGGUGCAGACGGCGGCGAUCCGGGGGCCGGGCCCGCGGUGGGCCGAGACCUUCGACUUCGUGAUCUACGACGCUCGCCAGCACCUCGAGGUCGAGGUCUUCGACGUUGACUUCGCCGGGAGCUGUUGGCCUAUCGGCAGGGUGAAGGGCAUCCAGGUGGAGCACCUCGCCGCCGAGGGGGUCGCCCAGGGCCAGUGGAAGACGCUCGGAGGCGAAACGGCUGGCCCCGACAGCAGAGUCCACCUGUCGGCCGCCAUCUUCGACCUCGCGCGGGACCCGUCCAAGCUGCCCGCGAGGGUGCUCGCCUCCCAGCCGCAGCAGCAGGCCGUCUCCGUGGGGCUCGAGGCGGGGGAGACCUCUGGCAGCCCACGCAAGCAGCAGGCUGGCGACCUCGAGGCGGACCUGCUGGAUGACCAGCUGGCGGUCCGUGCUGAGGAGGGCGCGCUCGCCGGCUCCGACCACAACUACGACUCCGAGCAGAACGCCGACUUCGAGCCGGAGCCGCCGGGCUCCGUGGCGCUGCUGGUGUGCCACAUCCUCGGCGGCCAGCUGCCCCGCGAGCUAGGGAAGCCGUCCGAGGUGGAGGUGAGCGUGAGCUUCGGAGGGGCCGGGAGCACGGAGCGGUGCCAGGACCCAGCAGAGGGCUCCGGGGGCAACCUGCCGGAGAAGACGCAGAAGAGGAUUGAGCGGCUCGCACAGAAGGGGUUCGCCGCGGGCAAGAUCGCCGAGGCCCUGGGCGAGGACCACGCGGACGUCGUGCGCUGCAUACGGAGGGCCAGCUGCAACCUGAGCGUGCAGCACAAGCUCUGCCUGCACCUCCAGACGUCAGACUUCAUGAACGCCCAUCAGGUCAACGUUCAGAUCAUGAAGGCAAAGGCGGUCCUGGCGGAAGGCACGUUCCCUCUGUCCAUCGUGUUGGAGUCGAGCGUAGGCACGCACGACGGCGAGGUAGUCUGCACCUCUAAGAUGGGCGUCGAGGUGAAACUCGACGUGGAGCUGAGGCUCUUCGCCCUCGUCCCGCGCUUCGAGGUGGACGGCGCGCACUCUCCGGGGUCGCUGACUGCUCCUCCAUCGCCAGACGAGGCGAUGAAUCGCUCGGGCCUCACGAGCGCUGAGGUCCCGAGGCCGAAUGGCACUCUCCGGAGGGCGGGCCCCUCGGCGGAGGCGUCGUACGCGGAGGCGGACGUCCCCGUGGGCUCCCGCCUCGAAGGGGAGGUCUCUGCCGUGUAG